GCGGCCGACAUGGAGCCGGGUGGCGGCCCCGGGCCGGGCCCUGUCCCGGUCCCGGGGAACAACAAGGGCCGUGGUGGGGCGGCCGCGCCCGGGAGGGGCCGCGACUUGGCUCGGCCGCCGCGCAAGGACUCCGAGGGCUAUUCAGAAUCACCAGACCUGGAGUUUGAAUAUGCAGACACGGAUAAAUGGACAGCAGAGCUCUCAGAACUGUACAGCUACACAGAGGGACCAGAGUUCCUGCUCAACAGAAAAUGCUUUGAGGAGGACUUCAGGAUCCACAUGCGGGACAAGAAGUGGCCGGAGCUGGAGCGGACGCAGCACCGCACGCACGCCAUGCGCCUGCUGGACGGGCUGGAGGUGACGGCGCGCGAGAGGCGCCUGCGCGUGGCACGCGCCAUCCUCUACGUGGCACAAGGCACCUUUGGUGAGUGCAGCUCCGAGGCUGAGGUCCAGGCCUGGAUGAGGUACAACAUCUUCCUCCUGCUGGAAGUGGGAACCUUCAACGCCUUGGUGGAGCUGCUCAACAUGGAGAUUGACAACAGUGCAGCCUGCUCCAGUGCCGUGAGGAAACCGGCCAUUUCCCUGGCUGACAGCACCGACCUCAGGGUGCUGCUGAACAUCAUGUACCUGAUUGUGGAGACCGUGCGCCAGGAGGCCGAGGGGGACAAGCCUGAGUGGAAGAGCAUGAGGCAAACCUUCCGAGCAGAGCUGGGAGCCCCCCUGUACAACAACGAGCCCUUCUCUGUCAUGCUCUUUGGGAUGGUGACCAAAUUCUGCAGUGGCCAUGCUCCACACUUCCCCAUGAAGAAGGUGCUGCUUCUGCUCUGGAAAACUGUGCUGUGCACCCUGGGAGGGUUUGAGGAGCUGCAGAGCAUGAAGGCAGAGAAGAGGGAGAUGCUGGGGCUGCCCCCCCUGCCCGAGGACAGCAUCCAGGUGAUCCGCAACAUGCGCGCGGCCUCCCCGCCCGCCUCCGCCUCCGACCUCAUCGAGCAGCAGCAGAAACGCGGCCGCAGGGAGCACAAGGCCCUCAUUAAGCAGGAUAACCUCGAUGCCUUCAACGAGCGGGAUCCGUACAAAGCUGAUGAUUCCCGUGAGGAAGAAGAGGAAAAUGAUGAUGACAACAGCCUGGAGGGAGAGACCUUCCCCCUGGAAAGGGAUGAAGUGAUGCCCCCCCCUACCCAGCACCCCCCAAGUGACCGCAUCACCUGCCCCAAAGGGCUGCCCUGGGCUCCCAAGGUCCGGGAGAAGGACAUUGAGAUGUUCCUGGAAUCCAGCCGCAGCAAAUUCAUCGGCUACACGCUGGGCAGUGACACCAACACCGUGGUGGGCUUGCCCAGGCCCAUCCAUGAGAGCAUCCGCACCCUGAAGCUGCACAAGUACACGUCCAUUGCUGAGGUGCAGGUGCACAUGGAAGAGGAGUACCUGCGCUCCCCGCUCUCAGGAGGGGAAGAGGAAGUGGAGCAAGUCCCUGCAGAGAUCCUGUACCAGGGCCUGCUGCCCAGCCUGCCCCAGUACAUGAUUGCUCUGCUGAAGAUCCUCCUGGCUGCAGCCCCCACCUCCAAAGCCAAGACAGACUCCAUCAACAUCCUGGCAGACGUCCUGCCCGAGGAGAUGCCGACCACUGUGCUGCAGAGCAUGAAGCUGGGCGUGGAUGUCAAUAGGCACAAGGAGAUCAUUGUCAAAGCCAUCUCUGCUGUGCUGCUGCUCCUGCUCAAACACUUCAAGCUCAACCACAUCUACCAGUUUGAGUACAUGGCCCAGCACCUGGUCUUUGCCAACUGCAUCCCGCUCAUCCUCAAGUUCUUCAACCAGAACAUCAUGUCCUACAUCACUGCCAAGAACAGCAUCUCAGUGCUGGAUUACCCCUACUGUGUGGUGCAUGAGCUGCCAGAGCUGACGGCUGAGAGCCUGGAAGCUGGAGACAACAACCAGUUCUGCUGGCGGAACCUCUUCUCCUGCAUAAACCUCCUGCGCAUCCUGAACAAGCUGACCAAGUGGAAGCACUCCCGCACCAUGAUGCUGGUGGUGUUCAAGUCGGCGCCGAUCCUGAAGCGGGCUCUGAAGGUGAAGCAGGCCAUGAUGCAGCUCUACGUGCUGAAGCUGCUCAAGGUGCAGACCAAGUACCUGGGCAGGCAGUGGAGGAAGAGCAACAUGAAAACCAUGUCAGCCAUCUACCAGAAAGUGAGGCACCGCCUCAACGACGACUGGGCCUACGGCAACGACCUGGAUGCCCGUCCCUGGGAUUUCCAGGCAGAGGAGUGUGCCCUGCGUGCCAGCAUCGAGCGCUUCAACUCGCGGCGCUACGACCGCGCCCACGGCAACCCCGACUUCGUGCCCGUGGACAACUGCCUGCAGAGCGUGCUGGGCCAGAGGGUGGAGCUGCCCGAGGACUUCCAGCUCAACUACGACCUCUGGCUGGAGAGGGAGGUGUUCUCCCGGCCCAUCUCGUGGGAGGAGCUGCUGCAGUGAUGGACACG